AUGGCGCAAUCCAGGCAGCAGCAGCAGGCUCCCCCGCCACAGCAGUCCCAGUUCUCUCAACCAUUCUCUCCUCCCGUCUCAUCUCCCUCUCCUAACUCGGGCUCUCCUGUGAACGGCGGACCAGCCCCUCCACCAUCCAAACGACCUCGUCUGUCUCCCCUUCCUCCGUCGGGCUCUCAGUCACCCUACGCUUCGCCAAGUUUCGGCUCGCUUCAGUUGCCCCAAGGUCAGCCAUCGAUGAAUGGAUCAACGAUGAACAGCAUGCCGUCCACUCCCGCUGCCCCUGCUCCUGCGCCCCCGGGCGCCAUGGGCCCACCUUCUCGACCGGCCGACAAGGUGACAGAUGCCGCGGAGCUUACGGAUGUUCUGGCCUCAUCCGGUAUCGACGUGCGCGAGGAAGAGGCUUUUCUCACGCGCAGCUUCGGAGGGCCCAAUACAGCAUCGCAGCCGACUCGAUCGUCGCAGACGCCCGCACCUCUCCCCCUCAGUACUUCCUUUUCCUCUCAAGUGUCCACUCCGGGGACACUGUCCGCCUCGGCUAGCUUCAACGAGCUGCCUCAGAUCAAACCAGCAACACCGCAAGAAUCCUUUUCCACAGAGCCAGCUUCACAAACUUCGGUUCCGUUCAAGGAUCCCAAUGAGCCCACUCGACAGGAUACCGAGGCUGCGCGGCGGGCGCAGUACCAUCUUCAAGAACCGUUCUUGUUGACCAAGCUCCUUGAGCAAAAGUUGCAGAAGCGAGGGUUUGAGCUUGGAGUCCGCAUCCCGUCAGAGGGCCUGUUCCACCCUGUCCCCGGCCGGCCGCAACCCAUCGAGGUAACGGGCCCAGAUGGCAGCGCAGUGGUGAGAAGUGGGAAAACCAUUCUGAACCAGGAAGGUGCGCCAUUGGUUGACAUUCUGAAUCUGUUGUCUCUCUCGUGUGAAGAACGCCUGCGGGGAGUGGUCGAUUAUUCUUCGACACUGUCCCGCAGCCGCCGGGCACACUCGCAUGGUGCGAUCCCAUCUGAAUGGGGGGAUGUCGCGCAGCCUCUUGGUCCGACUGCCGGGAAUGCCGGAGCUGCCAAGGCUUCACUGAAGCGUCCGUACGAAAUCUAUCGGGCUAUUGCCAGAAAGGAAGCAGCGCAGGAGGAGCGGCGUGAGGCCAAGCGCAACAAGCGCGGUGCCAGUGCCAUUCUAGGCGAGGGUACCCCUCAGCGAUCCGAUUCGAUCGACAUGGGAUCUGCGCCCUCGACUCCAAUCGGCGAGCGAGCACCUAGUUUCAACCCAAAGUCUAUAAGCAAGAAAGAACAGAAGAAAAUGAUGGAUGCCAAGGCCAGCGAGGUUCAGCAACAUCAACAAUCCGUGGAGACCGCGCGAUUGGCCACCAACAGCAUGCUUUCAACCCGCCGGUUCGGUGGCGCCAAAAAGUCAUAUUCAUGGCUCAAACCCGGUGGCUCCUCCAGUGGGUUCACUCCCGUGCGCCCCGCUCCUUCAACGCCGACUGCUACGCCCGACAAGCCCACUCAACCCGGAGAAGCUACGCCCAGCCAACCCAAGCGGCGACUCGGAACGUGGCGCGAAGAUCAAGAGAAGGGAUUGGGAAUUCAAGUGCGAGACAUUCUGUUCAUGCUCGAGGUGGACGGCCGAGGCAUGAAACAUUUGCAAAAGGGCUAUCUGAAAGAUCCGAGGGAGGAUCGUGAUCGGGGGGAUUGA